CAUGUGCACGAAGCUCAGUGAAACUAAUCAAACCAUUGGCCUAAUGACUGACAAGACCAGUAGAUUCACCUGCAAAGGACAGUAGCUCUACCACUUCAUGGGGACCAGCACAUUCUCAGAGUACAUUGUGGUGUCGGACUUCUCAGUUGCUAAGAUUGAUAGUGCUGCAGCUCUGGACAAAGUGUGCCUAAUAGGCUGUGGGUUCUCCACUGGUUAUAGUGCUGCAGUGAAAUCAGCAAAGGUGAAGGGAGGUGCAACAUGUGUUGUGUUUGGACUGGUAGGAGCUGGCCUUGCAGUGGUUAUGGGAUGUAAGGCAGCUGGUGCCUCAGGAAUCAUUGGCAUUGACAUCAAUGAAGAAAAGUUUGAAAAGGCUAAAGGUUUUGGUGUUGCAGAGUGCAUCAACCCCAAACUUCAUGAGAAGCCCAUUUAGGAAGUGCUCCUAGAAAUGACAGAUGGAGGAGUGGAUUAUGCCUUUGAAUGUGUUGGAAAUGUGGGCCUUAUGAAAUCUAAACUGGAGUCUUGCCGUAUUGGAGGUGGAACUUGUGUAAUUGUUGGAGUGGCUACAUCAGGAACCA